AUGCCAGAGCCUGCCAAAUCCGCUCCAGCCCCCAAAAAGGGCUCUAAAAAAGCAGUGACUAAGGUACAGAAGAAAGAUGGCAAGAAACGCAAACGCGGCCGUAAAGAGAGUUAUUCUAUUUAUGUCUAUAAGGUGCUGAAGCAGGUCCACCCCGACACCGGCAUCUCGUCCAAGGCCAUGGGCAUCAUGAACUCGUUCGUCAACGACAUCUUCGAGCGCAUCGCGGGCGAGGCGUCGCGCCUGGCGCAUUACAACAAGCGCUCGACCAUCACGUCCAGGGAGAUCCAGACGGCCGUGCGCCUGCUGCUGCCCGGGGAGCUGGCCAAGCACGCCGUGUCCGAGGGCACCAAGGCCGUCACCAAGUACACCAGCUCCAAGUAAAAGUUUCUCUAUAUCUCGCUUCCC